AUGACGGGAGCAGGAACGACAGAAUUACUGCGCGCCGAUGGAUUGGGGCCGGUUGGGGCUGGAGCCGAUGAGAGUCGACUUGUGUCUAUAAGCGAUGCGAAUCAGCAGCUGAAUGCUGAUGAGCCCAUAGACUCGCCCAUAAUGCGCAGUUCGGUGAUGUCAAGUCCGCGGCUCGAUUAUGUAUCGCAGUUCGAAGUGAAUCGUGCCAAAGUUGAAGCGGUCUUGAAACGAAAUUCGGAACCGCAAUUCAUGCGAAGAAUUUAA